GCAGCCCUGUAUUCAAAAAGAAAACAAACGAAGGAUUGAAUAUAUAAACAUUUGGACUGCAACGUGUAGACAAAAGAAACGUAAGCCCUUUCAUUGUGCGACAAUAAUAAUCAACAAAGACAGGGUUUUACAUUUGUUAGAGGUUUAGCCGGACACUUUUAAGGGUAAAAAAUUUUUUUGCUUUCAAAAUUCAUCAAGCAGGCCAGUUUUGGCCAACGCGGCAUAUGUUUGACACCCCUGGGAUAUUGUCACAUUGUACAAUAGGCUGAAAAUGCUUGUGGAAAUUUGCAGGGAAACGUUUACAAAUGUCAUGACUAAAAUUUUGCCUUUAAGCAAAUAGAAAUGCUAAGCUUGGGUUUUUUUUUUUAUACAUGGGUUCCAUUGAAGUGUGGACACUUGCUUGGAAUGGUGAGUGAGUGAGUGAGAGAGAAAGACAGAGACAGCGAAAGAGUGAGUGGGAGAGAGAGAGAGAGAGAGAGAGAGAGUGAGUGAGAGAGGGGGGAGAAAGAGAGAAAGCUUUUGGUGUUAGUAGAAGUUUUUCAGGGGAUUCAAUCCAGUCAUGGCCGGGUGCUCAGAGAAAGUUCCGCUUCCCUCAGCAGGACCAGAAGACCUGCAGAGCUUCAUGCCUCCAGCUUAUUCUGCUGUCGCGGUCAAACCUACCGCGACUGGGCGCCUUUUGAAGGCUGGCAUCGCGGUUCUCGUCGCCGGAGCUCUGCUGCUCCUCCUGGGAGCCGUUGGCGCUUUUUACUUCUGGAAUAACAAUGAAAAACACGUCUAUAAUGUCCACUACAGCAUGAGCAUCAAUGGAAAAGUGGAGGAGGGCUCGAUGGAAAUCGAUUCCCUGAAUAACAUGGAGAGAUUCAGCACAGGAAGUGGCGCCGACGAGGCCGUGGAGGUGCACGACUUCGAAAUCGGAAUCACGGGGAUUCGAUUUACAGGUGGAAAGAAGUGCUUUAUCAAAACCCAGAUGAAGACUCAUCUGCCUGAUGUGGAGUCUCUGGACAAGGAAUCCAUGACCUUCAGUCUGGAAGACGAGGUAUUGCCGGCCAAGUUCGAAGAUAAUCUUAUAUGGGUGGCGGCCGGCAGACCCAUCUCAGACACUGGUUUUCUCAGCACCAAGAUUAAGGACUUGUGUGGAGACCUGCCAAUCUACUGGCUCCGCCCCACCUACAGACCCAGUGCAGAGAGGAAGAGGAGAGCCAUUAGCCGCAGGCAGACGGCCGAGGAGGAAGAAGAGGAGGACGUGGAGGCAGAGUUUAACCCAGAAAACCCCUACCAGAGAGCUCUGGAGGGCGAGAGGGAAAACAUGAACAUCAACUCAAUGCUGGACCACGAGGGCGUGUGCUGCUCCGAGUGUCGCCGCAGCUACACUCACUGUCAGAGGAUCUGUGAGCCGCUGGGAGGCUACCACCCCUGGCCCUACCACUACAGAGGAUGCAGGGUCGUUUGCAGAGUCAUCAUGCCCUGCAACUGGUGGGUGGCACGCAUCCUUGGUCUUGUCUAAGUGCCACCCCGUUUUGUGAGGAUGUAAAAAGAUAUAAGAAGGGAGGAGAGAUGAAUUGUUUUUUUUUUUUUACAUUAACCGAACAACAUUUACAGUCCGACUACUUUCACUUUCGCUAAAGCACUCGGGUGGAGAGGGCGUUCAAUUUGCGUAGCUGGAUCGUGCAAUAAAAGCUUUGAUGAACAACGGUGUAUCGUGUUUUGGAAAAAAAAGGAUUUUUUGUAGAUUCUAAGUUAAGUUGAGAAGAAGCUCGUUUUCCUCCAGUUACUCCAGGGUUAUCACUAUGAAAAUCAAUCAACACGAGUUGUCUUCCUUGUGGGACGCCAAAUGACUAAAACCUGUUGCUAGGUCAACUUCUUAUCUCAUUUUAAUUUUUUUUUUUUUUACAUAUAAAUUAUACUUCAUAGCACCCUGUAUAAGCACCGUUCUGUACUGUAGUCCUGGUUUUAGACAUUUCAAAGAAAAAGAAUUAAGAUUGUUGACAAUAUGUUAGAGACCAAUCAGUAGCGCCCGAUUUAUUCUCUGUUUUGUAUCGCUAUUUACAGAGUUAUAUUUGCUUGUGUUUUUAUUUUUUUUAUUCCGACUCUCGUACUUCUGUCAAAACCAUGUACUGUACACACCCCUCUGACAGGUUUCACCAAAAUGUGUUUUUUUUAUCAGAAAAUAAAUGAUCGUAAAGUGCAAUAUCACUGAAUAAACUUUUAUAUAUGUAACCUUUCACGUGCCGCCACAAUGACGAUAUUAAUGGAGCUAUUCACGUUAACACACUUGGCCGCUAUAAAAUUAGGGGCAUUUUUUCGAGUAUUGGUUUUGAAUCGUUUGGUGUUCUCAACCAUCCCGGUUUCAUCGUGACAUACAUUCGAAAAAAUGGCAGAAAUACAUUUUCAAAUACGUGAUGACGUCCCACUGUACCAAAAGAUGCUCGUCCGCAUAACCUUGGUUGCAAAACCUCAUUAUACAAGUAGUGAUGUCUUGCUCGAAGCUACGUACCGCUUUCUCGAAAUCUCAGCUAACGGAAGGAUUUUUUCCCCAUUUCCUUCUUGAGAUAGAGAUGGUUAAAUAACAAGUCAAAAUAACGCGAAGCUAGCUAUUACACUGACAAAAUACAAAUACACUUGCAUUUUCUUUAGGGAUGGCUCGAGCCCAUACUCGGACAUCAGUCAAGAUUUCCGGAUCGAACGUUGACAGAAACAACAACCGACCGAUCCGAUACCUAAGCCAAAAUGUUCGACCUAUCUUUGCACAAAACGCCGUAUCACCUUAAUACUCUCUUGCUUUAGCAGAACGCCUCUUUACAGAGUCACAGCUGCGGGAGACCAUUUUGAAAAUAAAAAAAUACAGGAUAUGAAAUUAUAUUUGAUUAAAUAUGAAGAUGUAUCUAAGAUACUUGCACUUCUUUGCGGACUUAUGAUUGUACCGGUUCGGCCCAUUUGUCAUCUAAUCAAAAUAAGUGCGACAUCACUGGGCAACAGGAUCCAUGACCCGAUCUUAAUCCACAGAUCAACACUCAACACCUCCUCGUUUUCUGACCAACAACUUGAUUUUUUUCCCCACUUGUCCAAAAUAGUUUCCACAGAAUACAGACCAUUAAUUAUGACACCGUAAUGUGUGUCUGUGCCAAACAGCUAUUCCUUUAUUUACACUGAAGCUGGAAUCACAUGAAGAAAUCGGACUCGGUCAAACAGAUGCCAGUGCAGUCGGUCAAUCAGUGUUGAGUAGUAUUGCCGUUGACGUCACGUGUGUCAAGCGUGCAGAGAAACAACAGAGCCAAGACAUGAUUAGGAGCAUAAAAUAAUAGUUAUUUAUGGUAUGUUCGGAGAAAGAGAGUCACAUAAAUCUGCGUUUAUGUCUUGCUUUAAACUGGACCUUUCGUUUUAUCAAAGUCUAUUUAUUUUUUUAAAAAUUCAACAGAUUAUGUAAAUGACUGACUCCAGCUGGUCGUGAGCCGUGGCAGACUUAGUUGACCAUGUGUCCACACACUGACGUGGGGAGAUUACAUUAGAACAGAUCCACUACAUCAGAGAAGCCGAAUGAUGGGCACAGACCCCA